AUGGCACGGCUACUCUUUUGCUAUGGCCUUUGCGCUGUGCCUGCUGCCACGUGUGGAGGAGAUCUCGGAGCUCCAGGCUGCCUGCGCGCCCUUGGCAGCAACCCAGGAUUUUGUGCGGCUAGGGCCAAGACGAGCAUCGUCGAGGGCCUUGAGCCGGAGUCGGCGGCUUGCAUCCGCCCCUGCCCUCCAGAUGCGAGGACGGAAAUGGCCAAAUUCUUUGGCCACAUGGAGCGAGCUCCGAGAUACUUGUCAGACACCGAUGCUACAAAUCUCUUCGAGUCCGGGAAGAACUUCUUCAAUCACUUCGGAGCUCUGACCAGAAUGAGCUUGAGGCUGCAGAAGCAGGAGUUUCUGCUCCGACCAAAACUACACGUCUUGACUCAUUUUCUGAUGGACCUGAAAAGGUACAGAACAAAUCCGCGAAUGUUUCAUUGCUAUGUCGACGAGGACAGCAUGGGCCUACUCAAACGUAUCUGCUUGAAAGCACAUGUCCGGCAUCGCAAUUUGCAUCUCAUGAGAUGCGCCAAAUUGAGGCUUCGGGCUAUGAAAAGACUGAUGCCUCGGCUCAACCGUGUGGCCGGUGUGCGAGCGAAGAAGAAGCGAUGA